AUGCCUUAUUCAGCUCCCUGUCAACUGUGUACAAAGAAGUUUAAAACAGGUGUUUCACUGAGAAAACAUUUCGGAUUGAAACACCAGGAAAGGAAUCUCGAGAUCGCGCAAUUUUUGGACGAAUCAAACAGUCCAUGUGAACAGCCAAAAGCAGUAGCACUUAUUGACAAAGAAAUGGAAGAUUAUCUCAAAUGGCUUGGGGUUCUUGUGGAGCGAAUCAACGGAUCACUGGUACCGGAUCACCCAGGUAAAUGCUCUAACCCGCAAUGUGUUCUUUAUUUUGGUGUGCUUGGACUUACACACUUACUUACACCUAACUUUAUUUUCAUCGAAAGGAAAAUGGUGCCAUGUUGAUUGCCUUCAAGUGCCACAGAAGUACUUCGCUCAUUUACUCUGUCGUUUGGGAAACCCUAUGGUAGACAGCGUACGCGAUGCUCCCCAUAUCCGUCAGCCGAUUUUCAAGAGAAUAGCGCGGCGCUUUUCAUAUAAAAUUUUCAAUGAGGAAACCUUGAAGCUAGUGUUGGAAGAGCAAGACCUGCUGCAAUUUCGGCCAAAAGCCUUAUUCAGAAAUAGCGAUGAAGUGCCUGAUAUCUCCGAAAUGUCAGCAGAAGAAGCACUAGCUUAUGCAAAAGCGAGAGCCAGAAAGCAGGACUCAAGACCGACAAGCCGCUCGUACCUAGAUAUUGGUCCAGGUGAAGGACGCUGUACAAGGGAAUUAGAACUGAUAUGGUGGCCGAGUCUCUACUCACGUUGCUCAGAGUACGGCAAACUUACUUUUCGCUUUUUGUGA